ACUGCCGACACCGAUUAUAAGUGAGCAGCGACCGAAGCUGGCAACGCUAUUCUGUUCUGGGUAAAUUGUGAAAAGAAAAACCAACAAUUUUUGUGUCUGCGAAAAUUACUUAAAAAGAGCUAGUUCCAAGCGCCGGGUGUGAGAACAAUCGCAAAAUGACCGAUUCAAAGUAUUUCACGACCACCAAAAAAGGCGAGAUAUUCGAGCUGAAAUCCGAGCUAAAUAAUGACAAGAAGGAGAAGAAGAAGGAGGCCGUGAAGAAGGUCAUCGCCAGCAUGACUGUGGGCAAAGAUGUGUCCGCACUUUUCCCUGACGUUGUCAACUGCAUGCAGACCGACAAUCUCGAGCUCAAGAAGCUGGUGUAUUUGUAUUUAAUGAACUACGCCAAAUCGCAACCGGACAUGGCCAUCAUGGCGGUGAAUACGUUUGUGAAGGACUGUGAGGACUCAAAUCCGCUAAUACGGGCACUUGCCGUCCGCACCAUGGGCUGCAUACGCGUAGACAAAAUCACUGAAUAUUUAUGUGAGCCAUUGCGAAAAUGCCUGAAGGAUGAGGAUCCAUAUGUUCGCAAGACGGCAGCGGUGUGCGUUGCCAAGCUAUACGAUAUCUCGGCCACCAUGGUCGAGGACCAGGGUUUUCUGGAUCAGCUGAAAGACCUCCUCUCCGACUCGAACCCAAUGGUUGUGGCUAAUGCAGUUGCAGCUCUGAGCGAGAUUAACGAGGCGAGCCAGUCGGGUCAGCCGCUCGUAGAGAUGAAUUCGGUGACAAUCAACAAACUGCUAACAGCGCUUAAUGAAUGCACCGAAUGGGGUCAGGUGUUCAUUCUGGAUUCUUUAGCAAACUACAGCCCCAAGGACGAGCGCGAAGCGCAAUCGAUUUGUGAACGCAUUACGCCACGUUUGGCUCAUGCUAAUGCUGCCGUCGUGCUCAGCGCUGUCAAGGUACUGAUGAAGCUACUCGAAAUGCUGUCCAGCGACAGCGACUUCUGUGCCACGCUCACCAAGAAGCUGGCGCCACCGCUAGUAACCCUGUUAUCGUCGGAGCCAGAAGUACAAUAUGUGGCCCUGCGCAACAUAAAUCUAAUCGUGCAGAAGCGACCCGAUAUCCUUAAGCACGAGAUGAAAGUGUUCUUUGUGAAAUACAACGAUCCCAUUUACGUGAAGCUUGAGAAACUGGACAUAAUGAUACGCCUGGCCAAUCAGAGCAACAUUGCUCAGGUGCUCAGCGAACUCAAGGAGUACGCCACCGAAGUGGACGUUGAUUUUGUUCGGAAGGCGGUGCGAGCCAUUGGCCGUUGUGCCAUCAAGGUGGAGCCCUCGGCGGAACGGUGCGUGUCCACACUGCUAGAUCUUAUACAGACCAAGGUUAACUAUGUGGUGCAGGAGGCCAUUGUGGUCAUUAAGGACAUCUUCCGCAAGUAUCCCAACAAAUACGAAAGCAUCAUUAGCACAUUGUGCGAGAAUUUGGACACACUGGACGAACCAGAGGCACGUGCCUCGAUGGUUUGGAUCAUUGGCGAGUAUGCGGAGCGAAUUGAUAAUGCUGAUGAACUGCUGGACAGCUUCCUGGAGGGCUUCCAAGAUGAAAACGCACAGGUGCAGCUUCAACUAUUGACAGCCGUCGUCAAACUAUUCCUGAAGCGUCCAUCCGAUACGCAGGAGCUGGUGCAGCACGUGCUCUCACUCGCCACACAAGACUCUGACAAUCCCGAUCUGCGUGACCGCGGCUUUAUUUACUGGCGGCUGCUGUCCACUGAUCCGGCCGCAGCCAAGGAAGUGGUGCUGGCUGACAAGCCGCUCAUUUCCGAGGAAACAGAUCUACUAGAGCCGACGCUUCUCGAUGAGCUCAUUUGCCAUAUUAGUUCGCUGGCAAGCGUCUAUCACAAGCCACCGACAGCCUUUGUAGAAGGACGCGGAGCGGGUGUGCGCAAGUCUCUGCCAAAUCGGGCGACCGGCACCAGCAGCAACGCCGAACAAAACGAAGCCGUCGGUUCCGAGGCCAUGGUUAUACCUAAUCAGGAGUCUCUAAUCGGCGACUUGUUGUCGAUGGACAUAAACGCACCGACCAUUCCCGCUGCUCCCGCUACCACCAGCAAUGUUGAUUUGCUUGGCGGUGGUUUAGAUAUUUUACUUGGUGCUCCAGCUGAGCCAGCGCCUGGUGGGGCCACCAGCUUGCUGGGCGAUAUCUUUGGCCUAUCUGGCACUUCGUUAUCUGUAGGCGUGCAAAUACCCAAGAUUACCUGGCUGCCGGCUGAAAAGGGCAAGGGUCUCGAAAUACAGGGCACAUUCUCACGACGCAAUGGCGAGAUCUUCAUGGACAUGACGCUGACGAACAAAGCAAUGCAGCCAAUGACUAAUUUCGCCAUACAGCUAAAUAAGAACAGCUUCGGCCUGGUGCCAUCGUCACCUCUACAGGCGGCACCAUUGCCGCCCAAUCAGAGCGCUGAGGUGAGCCUAGCGUUGGGCACCAACGGACCGAUACAGCGCAUGGAACCACUCAACAAUCUGCAGGUGGCGGUGAAGAACAACAUCGACAUCUUUUACUUUGCAUGUCUGGUUCAUGGCAACGUUCUUUUUGCCGAGGACGGCCAAUUGGAUAAGCGGGUCUUCCUCAACACCUGGAAGGAAAUUCCGGCCGCCAAUGAGUUGCAAUACAGCCUAAGCGGCGUCAUUGGCACCACAGACGGCAUCGCCUCCAAAAUGACAACAAACAACAUUUUCACCAUUGCUAAGCGCAAUGUGGAGGGCCAGGACAUGCUAUAUCAAUCCCUGAAGCUUACCAAUAACAUUUGGGUGUUGCUCGAGCUAAAGCUCCAGCCAGGCAAUCCAGAUGCCACACUAAGCCUCAAGUCGCGGUCCGUGGAAGUGGCGAACAUCAUAUUUGCCGCAUACGAGGCCAUCAUUCGUUCACCGUAAGCAAUCGGCACGACCAACCACACCAACCCCACAUCAACAAUAACAAUUUGAAAUUGUAGGUUUUAAUGAUGUUUUUCGUGUUGCAACAUACAUAUGUUAAAAGUGUUAAACUCAAUUAGAGCAAGAAAAUUCGUAGCGACGCAUAUAUAUUAUUACUAUUAUUAUUAUGAAUAUACAUACAUAUAUAUUUACAAUAUAUAAACCAUUAUCUAUGUAUUAUCUUAUUGUGUCUUACAACACACACAUAUAUACACGUACACUCGUUUUCGCAUAUAAUUCUGUUACAUCUGCAUACCAACAUGUAGUACAUGAGCUGAUCAUCGAUUUCCAGGUCGAGACCUCAAUGGACUCAGCACAGAGCAUUGCAUUCCAAACCAUGGCUCUACAUACAUAUACGAUUACAUACUAUAAAUGUAUCUACAAAACUAAAAACAUACCUACUUAUGUAUAUGUGUGCAUGUGUCUAGCAACAAAUUGAAUAAUAAUUAUAAAUAUACAUUUAACCCAUAAAACAAUUGUGUGUGCUAUUUCUGAUGUAUGGUACAAUAAAUCUAAAUAAUUCUGCACUA